GAUUGAAUGAAGAGACUGGUGAAAUAAUGCUCAAUUGUCAACGUAAUCGUCAUUCCAUACGCGUAAGCAGAAAAACCAAACUCUUUUUAGUAGUAAGAAAGAAAAUUUUUAUUAUAAAUAACAACAGCAGAAACAACAAUAUUCUUAAUGACGAUGAUGGCAAAAAUCACAGUAUCAAUUUAUUUGCAGGGGAGAAUGUUAAAUUUCGAACAGAGCAGCGUAAGGAAGUGUUACGCGAUGGUAAACAUUCGAUUCUCGUAGAAAGAAAUUUUGAAAUAAAAUACGAGCUUGUGCGAAGCAGUGACGCAAUAAGGACAAAAAAAGAAUUUAUUGAAAAGAGUCUCCUUCUUUUGUCAUUUGUUGUGUCACCAAUGUUGAUUUUGGAAACGGCGAAUUCUAGAUAA